AUGGCCUCAAAGAUUGUAACAUGCUCCAAGAGCCAGUUCGCAUCUGAUCUCGAAUCCCUCCGCGACCGCUCAAUCAAGCCCACCAAGGUCCGCCAGCUCGUCAGCGAGCUCACCAAGUCAAUCGUUGAGGAUGCCAUCACAGCCCCCGACGCCGAUGAGAAGCUUGCCAUCAUUGUCAUCCUGCGGUCCGGCAUGGCCAUGAGCGACUCCUUUGUGUCUCAGCUCCCGGCCGACGCAGAUGUCUCCAUCUACCACCUCGGUCUGUUCCGAGACAAGACUUCCCUCCAGCCCGUCGAGUACUACAACAAACUCCCCGCCAAAGACCCCAAGAUUAAGCACGCCUAUGUUCUUGAUCCUGUCCUUGCUACUGGUGGCACUGUCACAGCAGCUAUCAACAUUCUAAAAGAUUGGGGCGUCCCCAGGGUUACUGUCGUCAACAUCCUUGCCAGCAAAGUCGGUCUUGCCGCCGCUUCGGGUGUAUGGCCAGAGAGCACAGAUUUCAUUGUGGGAGCGAUAGACCCAGAGGUCGACGCAAAGGGCCACAUUCAACCUGGCAUUGGCGAUAUUGGAGAUCGUCUGUACGGCACUGGCGCUUGA